CGGCGCCGUCGGGGGCCCCCCGUUGGCCCGCGACCCGCCCCCAGGCCGGCCAUGGCGGGCGCCAGGCCCGGCGUCCACGCGCUGCAGCUGGAGCCGCCCACCGUGGUGGAGACCCUGAGACGCGGCAGCAAGUUCAUCAAAUGGGACGAGGAGGCCUCUAGUCGGAAUCUGGUGACCUUGCGCGUGGACCCCAAUGGUUUCUUCCUGUACUGGACAGGACCCAACAUGGAGGUGGACACCCUGGACAUCAGCUCCAUCAGGGACACACGGACUGGGCGAUAUGCCCGCCUGCCCAAGGACCCCAAGAUCCGGGAGGUGCUGGGUUUCGGGGGUCCUGAUGCCCGACUGGAGGAGAAGCUGAUAACGGUGGUGGCUGGGCCAGACCCUGUGAAUACGACGUUUUUGAACUUCAUGGCGGUGCAGGAUGACACAGCCAAGGUCUGGUGUGAGGAGCUGUUCAAGCUGGCUAUGAACAUUCUGGCUCAGAACGCCUCCCGGAACACCUUCCUGCGUAAAGCAUACACCAAACUGAAGCUGCAGGUGAACCAGGAUGGUCGCAUUCCAGUGAAGAACAUCCUGAAGAUGUUCUCAGCAGACAAGAAGAGGGUAGAGACGGCGCUGGAAUCCUGUGGCCUCAAAUUCAACCGGAGUGAGUCCAUCCGGCCUGAUGAGUUUUCCUUGGACAUCUUUGAACGGUUCUUGAACAAACUGUGUCUGCGGCCAGACAUCGACAAGAUCCUGCUGGAGAUAGGCGCCAAGGGGAAGCCCUAUCUGACGCUGGAGCAGCUCAUGGAUUUCAUCAACCAGAAGCAGCGGGACCCUAGGCUCAACGAGGUGCUGUACCCACCGCUGCGCGCCUCGCAGGCCCGGCUGCUCAUUGAGAAGUACGAGCCCAACCAGCAGUUCCUGGAGCGAGACCAGAUGUCCAUGGAGGGCUUUAGCCGCUACCUGGGGGGCGAGGAGAACGGCAUCCUGCCCCUGGAGGCCCUGGACCUGAGUGCCGACAUGACCCAGCCACUGAGUUCCUACUUCAUCAACUCCUCGCACAACACCUAUCUCACAGCGGGGCAGCUGGCCGGGACUUCGUCCGUGGAGAUGUACCGGCAGGCGCUGCUGUGGGGCUGCCGUUGUGUGGAGCUGGACGUGUGGAAGGGGCGGCCGCCUGAGGAGGAGCCCUUCAUCACACACGGCUUCACCAUGACCACGGAGGUGCCGCUGCGGGACGUGCUGGAGGCCAUCGCCGAGACCGCCUUCAAGACCUCGCCCUACCCGGUCAUCCUCUCCUUCGAGAACCACGUGGACUCGGCGAAGCAGCAGGCCAAGAUGGCCGAGUACUGCCGCUCCAUCUUUGGGGACGCACUGCUCAUCGACCCGCUGGACAAGUACCCGCUGGCCGCAGGCGUCCCCCUGCCCAGCCCCCAGGACCUGAUGGGCCGCAUCCUGGUGAAGAACAAGAAGCGACACCGGCCCAGCACUGGCGUCCCCGACAGCUCUGUGCGCAAGCGGCCGCUGGAGCAGAGCAACUCGGCGCUGAGCGAGAGCUCGGCCGCCACGGAGCCCUCCUCGCCCCAGCUCGGCUCUCCCAGCUCCGACAGCUGUCCCGGCCUGAACAACGGGGAGGAGGCAGGCCCCGAAAAGCCCAGCCUGGAGCCCCGAAAGUCUCUGGGCGAGGAGGGGCCACGCCGGGGUCCUGACACUCUGGGGCCUACUGACCGCGAGGAGGAGGAGGAAGAUGAGGAAGAGGAGGAACAAGCGGACCUCAAGAAGCCCACCACAGAUGAGGGCACGGCCAGCACUGAAGUCAACGCCACUGAGGAAAUGUCGACGUUAGUCAACUACAUUGAGCCUGUCAAGUUCAAGUCCUUUGAGGCUGCACGAAAGAGGAACAAGUGCUUUGAGAUGUCCUCUUUUGUGGAGACCAAGGCCCUGGAACAGCUGACGAAGAGCCCCAUGGAGUUUGUGGAAUACAACAAACAGCAGCUUAGCCGCAUCUACCCCAAGGGCACCCGGGUGGACUCCUCCAACUACAUGCCCCAGCUCUUCUGGAACGUGGGCUGCCAGCUCGUUGCCCUCAACUUCCAGACCCUGGACGUGGCGAUGCAGCUCAAUGCAGGUGUGUUUGAGUACAACGGGCGCAGCGGCUACCUGCUCAAGCCUGAGUUCAUGCGGCGCCCAGACAAGUCUUUUGACCCCUUCACUGAGGUCAUCGUGGAUGGCAUUGUGGCCAACGCCUUGCGAGUCAAGGUGAUCUCGGGGCAGUUCCUGUCUGACCGAAAGGUGGGCAUCUACGUGGAGGUGGACAUGUUCGGCCUCCCUGUUGACACGCGGCGCAAGUACCGCACACGGACCUCACAGGGGAACUCGUUCAACCCCGUGUGGGACGAGGAGCCCUUCGACUUCCCCAAGGUGGUACUGCCCACGCUGGCUUCUCUCCGCAUCGCGGCCUUUGAGGAGGGUGGCAAGUUUGUGGGGCACCGGAUCCUGCCGGUCUCUGCCAUCCGCUCAGGGUACCACUACGUCUGCUUGAGGAACGAGGCCAACCAGCCUCUGUGCCUGCCUGCCCUGCUCGUCUACACUGAAGCCUCUGACUACAUCCCUGAUGACCACCAGGACUACGCUGAGGCCUUGAUCAACCCCAUCAAGCACGUCAGCCUGAUGGACCAGAGGGCCAAGAAGCUGGCCGCCCUCAUUGGGGAGAGCGAGGCUCAGACUGGGCCCGAGACGAGCCAGGAACCCCCGUCUCAGCAGCUGGGAGCCCAGUUGUCCCUGAACCCCACACCUAGCUCUCUGGACACCACUUCCCCUCGAAGAACUCCAGGCCCUGCCACCUCGCCCACCAGCCCCUCCCUCAGCAGCCCAGGCCAGCGGGAUGACCUCAUCGCCAGCAUCCUCUCAGAGGUGGCCCCGACCCCACUGGACGAGCUGCGAGGCCACAAGGCGCUGGUGAAGCUGCGGAGCCGCCAGGAGCGCGACCUGCGAGAGCUGCUCAAGAAGCACCAGCGGAAGGCGCUGGUCUACUCCCGCCGAGCGCUCAGCAACCUGGCUCAGGCCCGGGCCGCGGAGGGCAGGGGCCGGCGCCGGUGGGUGCCUGGGGCCCUAGGGGGCACCCCCGAGGAGGACGAUGAGGAGGCCAGGCGCUACCAGGAGUUCCAGGAGAGGCAGGUGCAGAGUUUGCUGGAGCUGAGGGAGGCCCAGCUGGACGCCGAGGCCGAGCGGAGGCUGGAGCACCUGCGACAGGUUCAGCAUCGGCUCAGGGAGGUUGUCCAGGACGCACACUCAGCUCAGCUGAAGAGGAUGAAGGAGCUGAACGAGAAAGAGAAGAAGGAACUGCAGAAGAUCCUGGACCGGAAGCGCCACAACAGUAUCUCAGAGGCCAAAACGAGGGAAAAAUACAAGAAGGAGGUAGAACUGACGGAGAUUAACCGGCGGCACAUCACCGAAUCAGUCAACUCCAUCCGUCGGCUGGAAGAGGCCCAGAAGCAGCGGCACGACUGCCUGGUGGCCGCGCAGCAGCAGGUCUUACAGCUUCUGGCGGAGGAGGAGCCCAAGCUGGUGGCUCAGCUGACCCAGGAGUGUCAGGAGCAGCGGGCGAGGCUGCCCCAGGAGAUCCGCUGGAGCCUGCUGGGCGAGACGUCGGAGGGGCUGCGGGACGGGCAUCUGGUGGCCUGUGCCAGCAACGGCCAUGCGCCCGGGAGCAGCAGCCACCUGUCCGGUGCUGACUCUGAGAGCCAGGAGGAGAACACGAAGCUCUGA